AUGGCCCAGGACUGGGACGCGCUGCUGUCAGGGAUGACGACAGGCAGCCGGUCACGGAGCUCCAGCAGCGAAGCCAGCCUGGCUCCCCACUACCUCCUCAGCAAGCAGAGCCGCCUGCUAAAUGGGACCACCCGAAGCAGCCGUGCCGCCUCCCCCAUGGGUCGUGUCAUCCUCAUCAAUGCCCCCAUUGAAGCCAGCAGCAACGAGAGUGAUGUCAUCAAUGCCAUCACAGUAGAGAAGAGCGUGGACGGCAAACUGGGCUUCAGCGUCCGUGGUGGCUCUGAGCAUGGGUUGGGCAUCUUUGUCAGCAAAGUGGAGGAGGGGAGCACUGCUGAGCAGGCUGGGUUGUGUGUUGGUGACAAGAUCACAGAGGUGAACAGUGUGAGUCUGGAGAACAUCACGAUGAGCAGCGCUGUCAAGGUCCUCACCGGCAACAACCGCCUCCGCAUGGUGGUCCGGCGGAUGGGCCGUGUGCCAGGAAUCAAGUUCUCCAAGGAGAAGACAGCGUGGGUGGACGUGGUGAACAGGCGCCUGGUAGUAGAGAAAAGCGGCUCAACACCAUCAGAGAGCGGCUCCGAGGACGGGCUGCGGCGCAUCGUCCACCUCUACACCACCUCCGAUGACUACUGCCUGGGCUUCAACAUCCGUGGUGGCAAAGAGUUCGGCCUCGGCAUCUAUGUCUCCAAGGUGGACCCCGGAGGGCUGGCAGAGCAAAACGGCAUUCGGGUGGGAGACCAAGUCCUUGCAGCCAAUGGAGUCAAGUUUGAAGACAUAAGCCAUAGCAAGGCAGUGGAAGUGCUCAAGGGGCAGACCCACAUCAUGCUAACAAUCAAGGAGACAGGCCGGUUCCCUGCCUACAAGGAGUUGGUGGCCGAGUACUGCUGGCUCAGUCGCUUGACCAACGGGCAGCUGCAACAGCUGGGUCAGACCUCGGAAACCAGCUCCUCCAUCUCGUCCUACUCCUCGGGGCCAGCACCAGGGGCGGUGAAUGGACUGGGGGCAGCUGCCCCAGUGGCCCCAGCCCGCACCGUGGAUGUGGCCAUCUCCACAGAGGAUGGGCCACGGCGGGGAUGGGUGCGGGAACGUGCCGAGCGGGCCAUGCAGACCGAGCCAGCCACCGAGGGGCUACCAGAGACACGGCGCACAGUGCGGCCCCCCGAGCUGCUGCGGGACACGGCCAUCCGGGGCCAGGGCACCCGCGAGACCCCCGGCACCCACCCACGCCGGACCUUCACCCACUCACCCAAGACAGCGCUUCUGCUGGCACUGAGCCGGCCACGGCAGCCCAUUACACGCUCCCAGAGUGACCUCACUGUCGCCGAGGAGAAGCGGAAGAAGGAGAAGCCAGAAGGACAAGGGGCACGGGGGGCUCCUCCAGGACUGCACCGCUCCAAGACCCUUGUCAACCUCUUUUUCAAGGGGGGCCGUGCCACCAGCCAGAGCUGGGCCCCCCCCAGCCAGGAGGCCCCUGGCUCUGAUCGCCGGGCACGCACCAAGUCCCCAGGGCGCUCUGAUGGGGACAGAGUAGGCGCUGUGCAGAAGUGUGUCAUCAGGAGCUUGAAGCGGGAGAAAAGCCGGCGCGCCAGCAUCCUGGGCCCCAUGGGCAUUGCCACCCUGCAGCCCAACGGCAGCGACCCUGAGGCCCGGCUCCUGCACAUCCAGGAUACUGCUGCACGUCUCCUCAGUCCCGAUGAGGUGACAGCCGUGCUCCGCCACUGCUCCCGGUACCUGCAUGAGGGCAGUGUGGAGGAUUUGGUGCGGCCACUAUUGGCCAUCUUGGACCGGCCUGAGAAGGUCCUGUUGCUGCGGGACGUGAGGAGUGUGGUGGCCCCUACAGACCUGGGCAGGUUUGACAGCAUGGUGAUGCCUCUGGAGCUGGAAGCCUUUGAUGCCCUAAAGAGCCGUUCAGUGCGCUCACCUGCCCUCCGCCCAGCCCACCAUGACGUCCCCCCCAAGAGACACCUCAUCACACCAGUGCCUGACUAUCGAGGCGGAUUCCUGCUGAAGCCAGCUGGGACCCCAGCGCCAGAGGAAGCUGGGGAGCAGCAGGCGAGCCCAGCCCGUCCAAGAGCCUCCCCCAGCCCCCGCCGGCCUCACCCCCGCACCUACACUCCACUCCCCGACGUGCCAGUGGAUGCCUAUGCCUCUGCCAGCCAGCCCCUGCCCACCCUUGGCCCUAGGUCCCCCAACUGGCUGCUGGCUGAACACCCCCCUGGCAAGGGGCAUGGGCACUCUCGCAGCCCCCAGGCCACCUGGCGCAAGGAACCCCCCAGGUCAGCGCCCAACAGAGAAACCGAAAUACUGGGAAAGCCCCAGCGGGCAUGGCCCCCUCUUGUCCCUCUCUUUGGGGGGCCAGGGGGUGAGGCAAGGGCUGGGGCAGCCACCAAUGGCCCUGAAGAUGCUGGCAGGGAGGAAGACGAGGAGGAGGAAGAGUAUCAUCUGCUCACCGUCACCCUCUCCAAGCUGAAGCACUCGCUGGGGAUCAGCAUCUCUGGUGGUAUUGAGUCAAGGGCACAGCCAGUGGUGAAGAUUGAGAAGAUCUUCCCUGGUGGAGCUGCCUUCCUCAGUGGUAUCCUCAAGGCUGGGCAGGAGCUGGUGUCGGUGGACGGGGAGAGCCUGCAGAAUGUCACGCACCAGAGGGCUGUGGACAUCAUUCGCCAGGCCUACCGUAAUAAAGCCAAGGAGCCCAUGGAGCUGGUGGUGCGGGUGCCUGGACCACCACCGGAGUGAUACUGCACCUCCCAUUUGAUGAGCCAUUAUGUGUUCCAGAGGAGCCAGAUGGCUCAUUCCUGCACUGAGAUGUGGCUGGUCUCAGUGCAGACAGAGGGUAUGAGGGCCAGAUCUGCCCCAAGGGCAUGGAGCAGCUGUCCCCUGCAGGACCCAAGGGAGGGCAGUACUGGCAACACAGGGGAAGGACAAGUGGUCCCUGACCCUGCUCUGGACACGCAGAGUCCUGAAAAAAACACAGCCAGGGGCUUGUUUUUAAUUGCUGUUUCCAGGUGGUACACUGAUGAGCCAGACUCUGAGAAUGAGACAUGACUGAAAUAAAGUAUAAAAAUCCC